AUGGCCGGCCGCGGCGCCUCCCCCGCCGCGUCGGCCCCCGUCCAGGUGCGCUGCGCCGGCUGCCGCGGCGUGCUCGCCGUGGCUCCCGGCAUGACCGAGUUCAUCUGCCCCAAGUGCCGCAUGGCGCAGCGCCUCCCGCCGGAGCUCAUGCCGCCGUCCCCGCCCAAGGCCUCCCCGUCUCCGCCGCCCUCAGGCCCAACUCCGCCUCCACCACCUCCACCUUCGCUGCCUCCGCCGCCUCUGCCGCCGCCUCAGACUCAGCCAAUGCCGCACCCUCUGGCCCGCCGCUCUGCUCCCCGGGCGCAGGGCGUGGACCCCACCAAGAUCCAGCUCCCCUGCGCGCGCUGCAAGGCCGUCCUCAACGUGCCUCACGGCCUCGAGCGCUUCCGCUGCCCGCAGUGCGGCGUCGACCUCGCUGUCGACUUGUCCAAGCUCCGCCAUUUCCUUGCCUCUGCGGGCCCAGGCUUCGUCCCGCCUCCACUCCCGCCGCCACCGCCCCCUCCACCGCCAGUGCCAAUGCCAAUGCCUCACCUGCCCUUCCUGCCGAUGAUGCCACGCCUUCCAGUUCCAGUGCCCAUGCUGCCCAUGUUCCCUCCUGCUGAGCUACCUGAGGAGAUCAAUGAGGUUGCAGUUGAUGUUGAGCGUGAUGAAGAUGAAAGUGGCACUUUUGGAGAAACUUUCAUUGAUUAUAGACCUCCCAAGCUAUCUCUUGGUCUUCCUCAUCCUGACCCUGUAGUAGAAACAUCCUCCUUGUCAGCAGUGCAACCUCCUGAUCCUACUUACAAGUUGACUAUCAUGAAAGAAUUGGAUGAAACCAAUGCAUUAUCUUCCUUACAGAUUGAAGCAAUAGUGUAUGCUUGUCAGAGGCAUCUUCAUCAUCUUCCAACUGGAGCUAGAGCAGGUUUCUUCAUCGGUGAUGGAGCUGGUGUUGGUAAAGGACGUACCAUUGCCGGAUUGAUCUGGGAAAAUUGGCAGCAGGGAAGGCAUAAAGCUUUGUGGAUAUCAAUUGGUUCAGACCUGAAAUAUGAUGCUCGCAGAGAUCUGGAUGAUGUUGGUGCAAAAUGUGUGGAAGUGCACGCUUUAAAUAAGCUUCCAUAUUCUAAGCUAGACUCUAAAACCAUUGGGAUCACAGAUGGAGUUGUUUUUGUAACUUAUAGCAGCUUGAUAGCAUCCUCUGAGAACCGCUCCGUUUGCAGCAGUUGGUACAGUGUGUCACAAGGCCAAAAUCUGAUUCCUGAGGCAGGGAGCCAGCCCACACGCACUGGUAAAGCUGUUCUUGAGAUUCAGGAUAUGUUACCUCAAGCACGUGUUGUUUAUUGUUCAGCGACUGGUGCAUCUGAGCCUCGAAAUUUAGGUUAUAUGGUUCGGCUGGGUCUAUGGGGAGAUAGAACAUCGUUUGAGAAUUUUCACCAAUUUCUAGGUGCUCUUGAGAAAGGAGGUGUGGGUGCUCUUGAACUUGUUGCUAUGGACAUGAAAGCCAGGCCACAGAGUUAUCCUGUUGCUAAAUUCCAAAUUCAGUGCUUUUGUGCAUCAAUGUUCAUUAAUACUGCUUUUGUAAAUCUUUCCCAGGGAAUGUAUGUUUGCCGUACUCUAAGUUAUAAGGGUGCUAACUUUGAUGUUCUGGAAUCACUUCUGGAGGAAAGAAUGAUGAAUAUGUAUAGAAAGGCAGCUGCACUUUGGGUUGAACUGCGUGUUGAACUCCUAUCAGCCAUUGAAUAUUAUGCAGAAGAUAAAGUCAAUUCAGCUCAAAUAUGGCGGCUAUACUGGGCCAGUCAUCAGCGUUUCUUUAGGCAUAUGUGUAUGUCUGCAAAGGUACCUGCUGUUGUGAGAUUGGCAAAAGAAGCCUUAGCAGAAGAAAAAUGUGUGGUGAUUGGUCUCCAGAGCACUGGAGAAGCUCGAACAGAGGAAGCUGUUGCUAAAUAUGGCAUUGAAAUGGAUGAUUUCGUUUCUGGUCCUAGAGAGCUUCUUCUUAAGCUGGUAGAAGAUAAUUAUCCUUUGCCUCCAAAGCCUGAUUUUUUUGAACAAGCAGAGUCAGAUCAUGAAUCAACAGAAUCUGAUGAGGACUUCUAUAUGUGUCAGAUUUGCAACACUGAGGAGGAGAAAAGCUUGUUGCUUUAUUGCUCUAUUUGUGCUUCACGGGUUCACCCUGGUUGCCUCACUCCACCUUGGACUGAAAUUGUGACUGAUGAUUGGACAUGUUAUGGUUGCAAGGAGAAAGUAGAAAGCUACUUAAAAGAAAGAGAUGCUUACUUGACUGAACUCUCAAAGAGGUAUGAUGCUGCAUUGGACAGAAAGUCAAAGAUUCUUGACAUAAUCCGCUCCUUGGAUUUACCUAGUAAUCCUUUAGAUGAUAUCAUCGAUCAGCUUGGUGGUCCUGACAAUGUUGCAGAAAUAACUGGACGACGUGGUAUGCUAAUAAGAGCAUCAGAUGGAAAAGGUGUUAUUUACCAGGCGCGGAACACGAAAGAAGUUGCAUUGGACAUGAUCAAUAUGCAUGAAAAGCAGCAGUUCAUGGAUGGAGAAAAGAAUGUUGCCAUAAUAUCAGAAGCAGGAUCAGCUGGUGUUUCUCUACAUGCUGAUCGAAGAGCAAAAAAUCAGAGGAGAAGAGUGCACAUAACACUAGAGCUUCCUUGGAGUGCAGACCGUGCAAUUCAGCAGUUUGGGAGAACUCAUCGUUCUAAUCAAACUUCUGCACCUGAAUAUAGGCUUCUUUUCACAAACCUCGGUGGUGAAAAGCGAUUUGCUUCAAUCGUGGCAAAGAGACUGGAGUCUCUUGGAGCUUUAACGCAAGGAGAUCGAAGAGCUGGACCAUCACUUAGCGCCUUUAACUAUGACAGUAAUUAUGGAAAGAAAGCCCUGACAAUGAUGUACAGAGGAAUAAUGGAACAGGAUGCCUUUCCUGUUGUGCCUUUUGGAUGCUCUGAGAAUCAAGCUACUCUUGAAGAGUUCAUCACUAAAGCAAAAGCUGCUUUAGUGUCAGUUGGAAUUAUUAGGGAUCCUAUAAUGUGCAAUGGAAAAAAUGGUGGAAAGCUUACUGGUAGGAUUCUUGAUUCUGAUAUGCAUGAUGUUGCCCGUUUCCUUAAUCGUAUUCUGGGAUUGUUUCCAGACAUCCAGAAUAGAUUAUUUGAUCUUUUCACAAGCAUACUUGAUAUAGUGAUUCAGAAUGCACGAAUUGAAGGGCAACUUGAUUCUGGCAUUGUUGAUAUCAAAGCUAAAAGUGUUGAAAUGAAAGACUCACCAAAGACUGUUCAUGUUGAUACUGUGUCUGGUGCUAGUACAGUAUUAUAUACUUUUACAGUUGACCGUGGAGUUUCUUGGGAAUUAGCAAAUGCAAUACUUGAAGAAAGGCUGAAAGAUAAAGCAAAUUCUUCUAGUGAUGGAUUCUAUGAGUCCAGAAAAGAAUGGAUGGGGAGAAGACACUUUAUGCUAGCUUUUGAAGGUUCAGCUGAAGGAUUGUACAGAGUAAUUCGUCCGGGUGUCGGGGAGGCUUCAAGGGAAAUGCCUUUGGUUGUGCUUAAAAGCAAGUACAGGAAGGUCUCAUCUGUUGACAAAAUUAGUAAAGGCUGGCAAGAAGAGUAUGACUCUUCAUCCAAACAGUGUAUGCACGGGCCAAAAUGCAAACUUGGAAGCAAUUGCACAGUAGGCAGAAGGUUGCAGGAGAUUAAUGUAUUGGGUGGUCUAAUACUUCCUGUAUGGGGUGCAGUAGCAAAGGCACUAGCUAAGCAGGUGCGACUGAUUCACAAGAGAAUACGUGUUGUCCGUUUGGAGACAACAACUGACAACAAGCGGUUCGUUGGACUUAUUAUUCCAAAUUCUGCAGUGGAGUCGGUACUCGAAGGUUUGCAAUGGGUUCAAGAUAUUGACGAUUGA